AAAAAAAAAGGCCUAAAAUAGUGAUAGACGAGAAGGAAAAAAAAUUAAAGAAGAAAGAAUGGCAUCAAAUCUGGGGCCAGCAUUUGCUUAUACAGUGGUAUAUUGUAAAGAUGUUGCUAAAUCUGUCGCUUUUUAUGCUAAAGCCUUCGGCUACAACGUUCGUCGCUUAGACGAAAAUCGCAAAUGGGGAGAAUUAGAGAGCGGAGCUACCACAAUAGCAUUCACACCGGUGCACCAGCACGAGACAGAUGACAUAACGGGUCAGGUCCAGACCCCUCAAUCUCGGGGUGAUAGACAACCCGUUGAGCUUUGCUUCGAUUAUGUGGACAUUGAUGCUGCCUACAAGAGGGCAAUCGAAAAUGGAGCAUUGGCGGUGAGCGAACCAGAGGAGAAGAAAUGGGGACAGAAAGUUGGAUAUGUGAGAGAUCCUGAUGGUAACAUCGUUAGAUUGGGAAGCCAUGUCAGAUCCUAAAUAGUCGUACUACACAUCAAAGCUCAUAAUGAUAUUAGGAUAAUUUCAGCUGUUCCCAGUUUGUUAGUUUGGUUGUGUAAUAAACUGUAUCCUUGUUGUGUAGUAAAUCAUGAAUAAAGUAGUAGUUAAAAAAGUGGGAUAAUCUUGUAAUAUUUAUAGACAGAUGAUUUUAUUAAA